CAAAUCGGAAACUAACCUGAAAAAUUGGCGGGCUAUGUUUGUUUUUGUAUGUAAACUCUUAUAAAUGAGUUUUUAAGAAUUUACCAUCCGAAACUACUGAAAAUGGAAAAACAAAAGUUGUUGAAGAAAAAACGAAAAGCAAUUGAAGAUAAAAAUGAAGCAGGGCUAUGUUCUGCUUGUACCGAUUUGGCAAAUUUUUACAUGAAAGAGGAACGUUUCAAUGAAGCUAUAAAAGAAUUCGAGAUACUCGGUCAAGUUUAUAAAAAACAGAAAAAAAUGCUUGAUUAUGCUACAGUUAACAGAGGAAUAGGAGAGGCUUAUAUGUUGAUGACAAAUUAUGAGAAAGCAAUAGAAUAUCAAAAAAUUUAUCUAGGUUUGUCCAAAGACCAAGAGAAUAAAUUAGAGGAGCAGAGAGCUUUGGCAACACUUGGAUACACUUAUUUAACAAAGUACAUAGCCGACAAACAAAAUAAAAAUGAUCUAAUCAUGGCUCAUAAAUAUACUAUGAAAAGCUUAGAAGUCUGUGAGAGCCUUAUAGACCUGAAGAAAUAUGAUUUGGUGGAUAUGACUGCUAGGCUCUAUAAUAAUUUAGGUAUUAUUCAUGAAUACCAGGGUCAUCAUGACAAGAGCAAAGAAUUAUUCAAUAAAGCUAUCGUUUUAUGCAAGACAAAUGAUGUUUAUGAGUCCCUUCAUCAGGCUUAUAAUUCUUUUGCCUCUCUUUUAGAAAGAAGGGGGGAAUAUAACAGCGCUAUCCAGAACUUUAAUCUGGCUAUAGAAACAGCAAAAAAGCUUAAAGAUAAAGUGUCAGCACUAUACGAUUGUCUAGUCUCAAAAGCUACUAUAUUAUUGAAAUUGGGGGACUUACAGGCGGCUAAAAAAAGUUUACAUAAAGCUUAUAAACUGAAGUUAUCCGCUAAAACAAAGGAAGAAGUUGGAAAGAAACUUAAAACUGUCGUUAAAUUAUACAGGAAGGAAAAGGAGAUGGUUUCGAACUCAUACUCCAAUGUUGAACUCCAAAAAUUCUAUGAGAAAAUGGGGGACGGAUUCAGUGAAAUGAACUGUUACGAUAAAGCCCUAGAGUAUUACCAUAAGAUGCUGGAACUAGCUGAAAUCACAAAAACAAAUUUGUCGUCCUGUUAUUACAGCAUUGCGGCUACGUAUCGAGACGAUGAACAGUAUGAUAAAGCUGUUGAAUUCUUCGAGAAGGAGUAUGCUUUGUGCGACUUCAAGAAAGGAUUGGACACUUUAUGUGAGAUAGCGGACACAAAAGAGAGUGGUGGUUCUCCUUCAUCUGAAAUUAUUAAGGUAUAUGAGAGAGCCAUACAAAGAUGUAAAGAGGCCAACAGUCAAAGAGAAGAAGGUAGAAUGCUUGGUAGGUUAAUAAGCUACCUAGAAAGAUCGGGAAUUUCAGAAAGGCUUAACGAAUUCAAGAGGCGAUUCGAUGAAAGCGGUUUUGAAUCUUCCGAUUCCGAAGACCCUCUCACCAACCAAGAAUCGAACAGCGAGGGUGAUAUUUCUCUGGAUAACUUAACAGAUGACUCGGAGAACAGUGAAACGGAGAGUCCUAGCAAGAAAAGGAGAAAUAAAACAUUCCAAGUCAAGAGAAAUUUGAGGGGGGAGACUCAGCUCCACACGGCCUGCAUAUCCGGAAAGCUUAAUGUCGUGAGUCAUCUUUUGGAGCAGGGUCAUCCUGUAAAUAUUCGGGAUAACGGGGGUUGGCUCCCUUUGCACGAUGCCUGUAUUUCCGGUCAUUAUGAUGUUGUUGAACUACUAUUGGACAAGGGCGCUUCGGUCAAUGAUCGGGGUGGAACACAUUGUAAUGGAACAACACCCUUACAUGAUGCCGCAGUGAACGGUCACCUGAAAAUAAUGGAACUUUUGCUUGAUCGGGGUGCUUCGGCGUUGGCUAAAACGGAUGAAGGCGAAACACCGUACCAUUACCUCAAGAAGUCCUCCUUGGAGCUCCAGUUCGACGAAGAGCAAAAAACCAUGUGCGAGAGGCUCUUGAAGCGAAUGAGCACUAUUUUGGACAAAGCCGGUCAGAGCAAAGAGAUCAACACGAAUAUAAGAAAUAAGGCUUUUGUUAGUGGACAAACGGAACCAAGGAGAAGGAGUGCUCCAGAUGUUAUUGAGGAUAGGGAUUCAGUUCGAGAAAGAAGGUGGUCGUCGAAUUCAAGAAGAAGAAUCGAAAGCAGUAGUAGCGAAGACGAAAUUGUAUUUUCACCUGCGAAAAGAACUCAACCAAAAACACCGGCUACAAAUGAGUACAAGAUGGUGAUGGACAGUUUGAGAAAGAAGCCUUGCGAUGUCCCCUCUUUCAGUAAAACGGAAAAUAUAACCUCUAAAAGAUCCGCGUACGUCAUGGACGAAGAAAACCGAGACGAAGAUUGGCUGGAAGACGAUAUGAAGGAUAUGAGAACCAAUAAAAAACGAAAGAUGGGUUUUUCCGAUGCCUUGAUCAGCUCUUCCAAGACGAGAGGUGAUGGUCAACCUUUGAAACGAUUCAACUCCUUCGAAAGUGUGAGUUCGAAAAGUAGUAAAUCGUCCAACAGAAGUAUGGCUAAGUCUCCGGAUAAAAGAAAGAGGCUCAGUUCGAACGAAGCAAAUAGAAGCGAAAGAGCUGAUGAAAUAUCCAGGAAUGUUGAAGAUUUCAACGAACAGACAGUUUUCGAUACGCACGUGAUCGAUUACGAUUCCGAAAACGAUUUUGCUGAGCCGCAAGAUACAAGGAGAAAACAGCAGAGUUCUCUAUUGGAUGCAGGGUUUAUGAGGUCCAGAACUUCCUCAGAGUUGCCAAAAAGAAAGGGAUCCCUCUCGCAGAAGAGAAGCCUGCAGCCAAAAAUCACACAUUUUGGGAGUACGACGCCUACGAAAAUGUCGCAGAGAAGCUCUCAUAGGACCUCUACAUCUCCUAAAAAUUGGACUCAGCCGUCACCCAGUAAAUCUCUGUUGAUGGACGACGAUCCGAUGCUCGCAUUGGACGUGAACAUAGAAGGUAGAUCCUUCAGGGUGACAACGAGGAUGUCGAUGAAGGACACAUUGACAGUUAAAUGGUUGGCACUAGAAGCCUCUAGGAGAUAUGCAAAAAAAGAAUAUGUGGAGCCAGUUUUGGAACUUAAAACUAAGAGUGGCGCAGAAUUGGUCGACGACGAUACCAUCGGUACUUUGUUCAUCACCGAUUGCCAAGUGGUGGAAGUUGUCGCCAAAGUACUGAAAUGGAACCUGCCUCCUAUUCAAGAAAGAUACAAAGAGGCCUGUUCCGAUAUGAACACGAAACCCCUGGAUGUGAUUUGUAGCAAGUUAGACACACUGACAAUAUCUCUCGACAUGAAAAAUGCGGGUUUGCAUCCAGCAUCGAUGGCUCCCUUAUGUAAAAGCCUGUUGAGAGAGAGCAGAUUGUUGGAAUUGGACCUGUCCAAUAAUUUCCUCUCCUUGGAUUGCGUAAAACUGCUAGCAGCAAGCUUACAAACGUUAGAAAACCUAACCAAAAUGAAUCUGAGCUGUACCAACUUGCACACAGAAGAAAUCAGAUAUCUAUCCAACACUUUUUCGAACUCCCCAGUGAACAUUCUGACCAAAAUGUACAGUUUGAACCUGAGCGAGAAUUUCAUCGGAGACGAGAGUUUCCAGGAUAUAGCCACGAUUACCAGGCAUUUGAGUCUCAAGGAACUGGAUCUGUCGUUUUUGAAUUUCACCGAGGACGUUUUCAAGAAAUCCUACAAUAGAAACUCGAGUCUCUCCCUGGCCAACAUAGAGCAGCUCAAUUUGAGCGGGAAUGGGUUUGGGAACGCUGCUUUCAGUGAGAUAUUGUCGCAAGUUAAUGGUAAUCGGCUGAGUAGCUUGGAUGUUGGGAAUAAUAAAGCGACUGAAGGUCUGGCAACGUUGCUGAUCGACUGUUUGAACAAAAGUGCCUCGAGGUUCAAUUUCGAAUGUUUGAAUCUGAGUUGGUGUCCCGUAACGGACACCGAGGUUUUCAGCUUGUUGAGGUACUGCGAUAACCUGAAGACUUUGAACUUAUCUUAUACCAACAUCACAUCUCUAACCCUUAGGAGGAUUUUAGAGACUAAAUUUGUCAAAAACGUCAUUUUGUUGGGUUGUCCCCACAUCGAUAAGUACUUUGAAGAUAUCGACGACCUCUGGACCCUAAACGAUUACUUCAACGAACGCAAAACGAUCAAAAUAACAUGCGAUCAGGAUAAAUUCACCACCUUGAUAAAGUUGUGGAAAGCCAAAUACUGUGAUAAAGUAACGAUUGAUACAAUUGGGAACUUGUUGAUUUUGAAAUAAUCAUUACAUUUACAAAGGAACUUUUAUUUUUUUAUAUAUAAAAUAUGUACAAAUUAUGUUACAUUAUUUGAUAAUUAGAUCUGGAAAAAAUUGUAAAUAAAUGUAAAUAUUGUUUUUUAA